UGCAAGACUGCAUUUAGCCGCACACUACAAGUCCCAAGUUUCGGAGUGCAAUUUGUGGAGCUUCUCCGCAUCGAUAUUGUACGUCUCCCUCCCUCCCCCCCACUAGAAAACAACAACAACAACAAAAACAGCAACUGCCGCGAUAGAGGAUCGCUUUUACCUGUUGAUGAAGUCCCACCGGGUGCGGGGCGCAGAGGAGCAGUCGGGUUUCUUCACACAGAAGAGAAGUGUGCAAAAGGUGCACGCGACACACCGCUCCAGCGGCCAGGAGGAGUGAGGGACUACGGGUUUUCUUUCCCCCGGCAUUCGCAGCCUGUGCUGGGUUGGUGGAAAAUGGGCACUCCGACCACCUCGACCUGUGGACUUAUCCUGUCUCUGAUACUCACAUGCCAGCUGGUUACUGUGACCCAGGCCUCCAAGGUGUGGGGAGAGGUGCCUCUGCCAGAGGACUUGGAGGGGGAGAAAGACGUCCAGGCGUCUCACAGCCUACUGGAUGACGACGAGGACUUUGCUGCAGAUGAAGCUUCAGGAGAUCUGCCCAGUGGAGAGGAUGAUGGAAGCACACCGUGGCCUUCAUCUGAGGUCACAAUUUAUUACAGAGCUCUUGUCAACUUCACUGACUCCCUGGUUUACGGCCCCGCGCUCGAGGACAUCUUCUCUUCAGCCUUUAAUGAGAUCUCGGAAGCAGUGGUGGACACGCUGGAGUCGGACUACAACAGGAUUCCAGGUGUCCAGACAGUCAGCGUGGUCCUCAUUAAGAAGAUGAUAAGAGAGGACGGCGUGGACGUAUUUGUGGAGAUGGAUGUGGGUUCUGACUACAACAGCAAUGAUGAACAGAUACGCAGCGUGCUGUACAACGUAGUGAAGGAGGGAUCCAUUGCUUCCUACGUCACAUCAGUCCAGGGCUUUCAGUUCAGACGGCUUGGGGAAGUAACCGCCGGCAUCAGACCCUGCAUGUCAGAUGAGCACAGGUGUGGUGAUGGGACAUGUAUCCUGGCGGAAUACCUGUGUGACAACAGACCAGACUGCAGAGACAUGAGUGAUGAGACCAACUGUGAACCAAAACGGCCGACAACACCUGCCACCACCACACCUGCCACCAUAACCACCACCGUCAAGAAGCCCCCGCGGCCCCCCAGCCCACCUGGACCCUGCAGGGCGGAUCAAGCCACAUGCCAGAGUGGAGAGUGCAUCCCUCGUGACUACGUCUGUGAUGGAGAGAGGGACUGCUCUGACGGAAGCGACGAGUUCAGAUGUGGUACCCCAUCCCCCUGUGAACCCAAUGAGUUCAAAUGUAGAAAUGGCCGCUGUGCCCUCAAACUAUGGCGUUGUGACGGAGACAAUGACUGUGAGGAUAACUCAGAUGAAACGGACUGCCCCACCAAGGGUCCUGGCGACAGGUGUGCUCCUGAGCAGUUCGAAUGCCUGGGCGAUCGCACCUGCAUCCCAGCUAGUUACCAGUGUGAUGACGAGCCAGACUGUCCUGACCGCUCUGAUGAGUACGGCUGCACCCCUCCCUCUGUGACAAGCCCGCCGGAAGAGUCCAUUCAGGCAGCGCGGGGGGCGACGGUGACGUUCACAUGCCAGGCCGUUGGAGUGCCAACACCCAUCAUCACCUGGAGACUCAACUGGGGACACAUUCCUCUCAGUGGCAGGAUCUCCAUGACCAGCGAGAAUGGCCAUGGCACCCUGACCAUUCGCGAUGUGAAGGAGGCCGAUCAGGGGGCGUACACCUGUGAGGCCAUCAAUGCUAAAGGCCUGGUGUUUGGUAUCCCCGAUGGCGUGCUUACUCUCACAUUGAAUCCAAAUUCAGGAAACUGUCCUGAUGGUCAUUUCAGCGUGGAGGGCCGCUGUGUCUCCUGCUUCUGUGCUGGAAUCUCCAAGAACUGCAGGAGCACCGGACGCUACCGCAACCACAUCAGCCUGCGUUUCACCCAGGAGGAAGACUUCAAAGGAGUUAAUGUCACCUACCCAUCCAGGCCAGGCACUCCUCCUCUCUCCUCCACUCAGCUUCUCAUUAAUCCAGAGAUGGAAGAGUUCCAGCUUGUCGACCUGUCACGCCGCUUCCUCAACCUUGACUCUUUCUGGACGCUGCCUCGCCAGUUCCUGGGCAACAAGAUUGACUCCUAUGGAGGUUCCCUGAAGUUCAAGGUGCGGUACACAUUGGCCCGCGGUCUGUCUGAGCCGGUGGAGAAGCCGGACGUAAUGCUGGUUGGAAACGGACGCAGGCUUGUGUACCGCAGAGGCAGCCCUACCCCGGCCCGAGUGGUCAACCAGAGAGACAUCAAAUUCACUGAAGAUAAAUGGCAGCACUCCAACGGCCGCACUGUGAGCCGUGAGGAGCUCAUGAUGACGCUAGCCAACCUGGAGAGCCUAAGCGUCCGCACUAUCUACGACAACCACAUGGUCAGUGUGGCACUCAGCGACAUCGUCAUGGAUACCACCACUGUGGAGUUCAGCAUUCUGGGUCAUGCUAAGGAUGUCGAAGAGUGCAGAUGUCCUCCUGGAUAUUCAGGCCUGUCCUGUGAGACGUGUUCCCCUGGUUUCGAGCGUGUCCCCGGCGGCUCCUAUCUUGGCACCUGUGCUGGUUGUAACUGUAAUGGACAUGCCAGCGCCUGUGAUCCAAUAAAUGGACACUGUCUGAGCUGCCAGCACAACACAGAGGGCCCUCAGUGUGACAAGUGUCGCCGUGGUUACUUUGGUGACCCGAGCAGAGGUCGCCCAGAUGACUGCAAGCCCUGCCCCUGCCCGUACUAUGAGACCUCACGGCGGUUUUCAGACACCUGCUUCCUGGACUUUGACCAACAGCCGACAUGUGACGCCUGUAGGCCCGGCUACACAGGAAGACGCUGUGAAAAGUGUGCUCCUGGUUACCAGGGUAACCCUCUUCUGCCUAAUGGAAGAUGUACUCCUACCACUCCUAGCCAAAGCUGCGAUAACAGAGGGACUAUCAGCUCCCGCAGCAGACCAUGCAGCUGCAAGAGCAACGUGGCAGGCACGGUGUGUGAUGAGUGUAAGGCUGGAUUCUUCCACCUAUCAGAGAACAACCCAGAGGGCUGCCUACGUUGUUUCUGUAUGGGUGUCACUAAACAGUGUGCCAGCUCCACCUGGAAUAGAGAUCAGGUGCGCGGAGGGGUGAACGGGCAGCGCUUCUCCCUCUCCAACAGUGCCAACACCAUAACUAUCUCUGAAGGCAUCUCCCAGAGGGGCUCCUCUGAAGUCUACCGCUCAUUCUCCGGUGUCCCCAAAGACAUCUACUACUGGGUCCUGCCUGAGAGCUUUAGAGGAGAUAAGGUAACGGCCUAUGGCGGGGAGCUACGCUACACAGUGCGCUUUGAACCGUUUCAGCGCUCACUGGUGAUUGACGGCCAGCCAGAUGUGGUUCUCCAGGGCAAUGGCAUCUUCCUGGAGCACCACUCUCAGACCAAGCCUCUUCCACGGGUCCCACAAACUGUGACUGUGACCUUCAGGGAGUCUGGAUGGCGUCGCUCUGAUGGGCAGCCAUGUACUCGUGAGCACCUACUGAUGGCCCUGGCUGACGUUAAUGUUUUCAUGAUCAGGGCCACCUAUGCAGACAACAUGGCUGAGAGCAGCAUCUCAGACAUCAAGAUGGACGUCGCUGUUCCUCACUCUACUGGUAAUGAUCGUGCUCUGGAGGUGGAAGAGUGCGCCUGUCCUCAGGGAUACAGAGGACCUUCUUGUCAGGAGUGUGAUAAAGGUUACACUCGAACCAGCUCUGGCCUUUACCUGGGCACUUGUGAGAGGUGCAACUGCAAUGGUCACGCCAGCGGCUGUGACACGGAGACCGGCAGAUGUCUGCAAUGUCUCCACAACACCGCCGGGCCAAGGUGUGAGCGCUGUGAGACUGGUUUCUAUGGAAACCCGGUAACGGACGGUGCUCAGGCCUGCCAGCCCUGCCCCUGUCCUGGAACGGCUUCCAGCAACCAAUUCUCCCCCACCUGUCAUCUGGAGUCUGACGGACAGCCGACCUGUGACAACUGUGCCCCCGGAUACUCUGGCCGACGCUGUGAAAGAUGUGCAGCAGGAUACACUGGCAACCCACUGCUUGGACAGGGAUGUAGUGUUGGCAACAAUGAAGUCAACGGUAACUGCUAUAACUGUGACCAAAGAGGAGGUGCCGGUUGCAAUGGUGGUGCUUGCCGCUGCAAGUUGAACGUUGAGGGCCCGUCUUGCUCCAGCUGCAAAUCUGGAACCUUCCAUCUCAGCCAGGAAGACAAAGACGGCUGCCUGUCGUGUUUCUGUAUGGGCGUCACUCAGCAAUGCUCCAGCUCUACCUACUACAGAGAUCUGGUGUCCUCAGUCUUUUCUCCAGGAAAUUUCCAGGGAUUCGCUCUGGUGAACCGCCAACGCACCAACCGUAUCUCCACUGGUUUCACUGUGGAGGUUUCCACUCAAGGCACUCAGCUGUCCUACACCAACUUUGAUUACCUGGGACAGGAGCGUCAUUAUUGGCAGCUUCCAGAGGUCUACCAGGGAGACAAGGUGGGUUCUUACGGCGGCACGUUUAAAUACUCCAUCUCCUAUGUGGCCGAUCCAAGAGGAACACUAGUUGAUGAUGACAGUGUCCAGAUUAUUGGUAACGACAUCACUUUGGUAGCUUAUCAGCCCUGGAAGAGAAGACAGAUGGGCAGCAGGGAGACAAACCAGUUUGAGAUUGUCUUCAAAGAGGUAUACUGGCAUCGUCCUGACGGCAUGCCCGCCACCCGAGAGCACCUGAUGAUGGUUUUGGCGGAUCUGGAUGACAUCCUGAUUCGAGCAUCCUACUCCACUGAGAUGCGGUCCUCCAGUAUCUUUGAUAUCAGCAUGGAAGUUGCAGUGCCUAACUACAGCGGCUUGGCUCAGGCCCUGGAGGUGGAGCAGUGCCGCUGCCCACCUGGAUACAAGGGACUGUCUUGCCAGGACUGUGCACCUGGGUAUACUCGCACUGGAGGAGGUUUAUACCUGGGCCAUUGUGAGCUCUGUGAAUGCAAUGGCCACUCUGACUCCUGCCACCCCGAAACUGGCAUCUGCACGAGCUGCCUGCAUAACACUCAGGGUGAGCUCUGUGAGCAGUGUGCGUCUGGCUUCUUCGGUGACCCCACUGUUGGCACUCCAGAGGACUGCCAGCCCUGCGCCUGCCCUCACAAUGACCCAGACAACCAGUUCUCCCCCACCUGUGAGAGCCUUGGAAAUGGAGGCUACCAGUGUACUGCCUGUCAGCCUGGAUACACUGGCCAGUACUGUGAACGUUGUGCUCCUGGAUACGUUGGCAACCCUCAGGAGAGACAAAAGUGUCGUCCAUACGAUGCUGCAGCCUCACUGGUGGUGAAGGUUUACCCAGAGAGGAUCCUGUCAUCCCAGGGUGGCUCUGUCACUCUCCGGUGUCAGGUGUCCGGCUCUCCACCGCACUAUUUCUACUGGUCUCGAGAGGAUGGACGCUCUAUCUCCAGCAGUGCUGACAGACGCAGACAAGGAGCGGAGCUGUACUUCCCCAACGUCCAGUUGAGUGAUGCCGGAGUCUAUAUCUGUACCUGCAGAGACCAGCGCAGCACCAACCGGAGCCGCGCUGAAAUCAUUGUCACAAGUGUCCCAUCCAAAGCCAUUGAGGUUACAAUCGAGGAGCCCAAAGCCCAGACUGUCAGGGUCGGGUCUACCAUCAAUUUCAUCUGCACUGCGAAGAGCAAGUCACCAGCCUACACCCUGGUGUGGACACGGAUGGGUAACGGGAAGCUGCCCAACCGGGCCAUGGACUUCAACGGCAUCCUGACAAUUCAAAACGUUCAGCCCGAGGAUGCAGGCGUGUACGUUUGCACAGGCUCCAAUAUGUUUGCCAUGGACGAGGGCAAUGCCAUCCUCUACGUGCCAGAGGCCUCACAGACUCAGAUGUUUUACACAGCCUAUGAAAUGUUUGAAGGACAUGGAAAGCCUUCAGAGGAAGCCCAGCCCGUGGCCACUGUCACUCCCUCCGUGCUGAAUGUCCAGCAGGGCCAGCGGGCAGAGUUUCGCUGCACAGUGAGCGGGAACCCAACCGCUGCCAUUGAAUGGAUCGGAGGUCCGGGGAACAGAAUGAGCCCGAGAGCUGUUGUACGAGGUGGCGUACUGACCUUCACAGCAGUGGAGCCAGCUGACGAGGGAGAGUACACCUGCAAGGCCCUGAACACUCACGGGGAGCACACAGCACGAGUUUCCCUCCUUGUCCAAAAAUCUAACCCAAGUGGCCUCGGCACCCAGCCUCAAGUCCAAGUCAGUCCCCAAAAUAUCGAAGCUCAUGAAGGAGACAACUUGAGGUUGUACUGCAGAGCAACAGGAGUACCCACCCCGAAGCUCACCUGGCUGAAAAAUGGAGGACAAAUUCCUCCACAGGCUAUUCCCUCUCUUGGUUUCCAUCAAUUUAAAAGCAACAGUCUCGAUGUGUUACAAAGACGUAUUGAAGAGCUGCAGGCUCGCAUGGACCGCACCGACAUCGGUACUCUGCUCAUCCCCAACGUCCAGAUGUCCGACUCGGGCACAUACAUGUGUGUUGGUAGCAACAGCAUUGGCUCAAAUAGUGCUCCCAUUAAAGUCUCUGUGCUCAAAGGAGACCAUAGCUUGUCAGUGGUCAGUAUCCAGCCAGCUAUAGCUGAUGUACAGGAGGGUCAGAAUCUGGAGCUCAACUGUUUUGCUCCUGGAAAUCCUCCUCCUCAAGUCUCAUGGUCGAAAGCCAGUGGACGACUCUCCUCUAACCACCAGGUUCUGGGCGGUCAGCUGCGUAUCCUGUCAGCCACUCCAGAGGACUCAGGGGAGUAUAUCUGUCGGGUGAAGGGUAACCAUGGAAACCCAGGAUCUCGUGUCCAACAAGCCUCUGUGUCGGUGUCUGUCACUUCAUCUUCUUCACGUCUUCAGAGUCCAAUCAUCGCCGUAGAGCCCCACAGCUCUGCAGUGCGUGUGGGGGAGUCGGCCAGCUUCAGGUGUCGGGUGUACAGCGGAGCCCAGCCUGUCAGACUGCAGUGGAAACUGGCUAACAACAAGCCGCUGCCAGAUAAUGUUAAAGUUGGCCCUGAUGGUUCUGUUAUUACCAUUACCAAUGCCCGCCCUAUGGACCAUGGUGCCUACCGUUGUGUGGCGAGUAAUCCUUUCGGCAUCACCCACACCAUUGUGUCUUUGAUUGUCAAAGAGUCUCCUGUCGCCACUGUCACCCCUGUUGGACCUAUACAUGUCAGGGUGGGGGAACCCAUUAACCUGGAAUGCCAGGCAUCAGGAGAGCCCCGCCCCUCAGUUUCAUGGCACAGACUGGACAGCAACCGCAAGACCAUGCUGAGCAGCCCCGUGCCCAUGGAGUCCAAUGCAGUCAUGCAGAUACUUGUGGCACGUCCAGAAGACAGGGGCACUUAUGUUUGCACAGCUCGCAACAACGAGGGCACCACUGAGACCAAGGUGGAGGUCAUUGUAGAGGGAGGCUCUCAAGUGCCCACAGUGCCCAGGGCUUCAGUUCCUGAGCCGCUGAUGGUUGUGGUGGAAGGGCAGACUGCAACGCUGCGCUGUGAGGCCCACGGUCUCCCACCCCCGACGAUCACCUGGUCCAAGCUGCGGUCUCCACUGCCUUGGAGACACAACCUGGAGAACAACAGCCUGGUGCUACCCACAGUGGGCCGCCAAGACUCCGGAGAAUACAUCUGCACUGCAACCAACAACAUGGGCACCAGUGAAGUCACCAUCAUGCUAGAUGUAGAGACGCCUCCUUAUGCCACUUCUGUGCCUGACGAUGUGGCUGUGCGGGUCGGGGAGGUGAUCAGGUUGCAGUGCCUUGCGCAUGGCACUCCUCCCCUGACCUACACUUGGACCAAGCUGGACGGAAACCUGCCCCCGAGGGCCCAGGUUAGCGGAGGGGAUCUUCAAAUCAACCUGGCUACCGCUGAGGAUGCUGGGAGCUAUAAGUGCGUGGCCACCAACAAAGUAGCUAACAGCGAGGUGAUCGCUAAAGUCGCAGUCAGAUCCCCCUUGGCAGUGCGUGUGUCACCCCAGGUUGAAGUAAAGGCCCAAGGCAGUGCUGUGGAGUUCACCUGUUCGUCAGCGGGCGGUAUAGAGACCAAAGUUGAGUGGCUGAAGGAAGGUGGAGCCCUGCCACCGAACCACCACGUCAAGGAUGGGGUUCUCAGGAUUGAGAACCUUGAGCAGAGCAACGAAGGCGUUUAUAUCUGCAGAGCCAGCAGUGUGUAUGGUCAGGCCCAGGACACUGCCAGGUUGACCAUCCAAGCCCUGCCAAAGGUCAUGAUCAACGUGCGCACCUCGGUGCAGACUGUGAUGAUAGGGAACUCUGUGGAGUUUGAGUGCCAGGCUGUCGGCGACCCAGAGCCCACAGUUAAGUGGAGUAAAGUCGGUGGGUCUCUGCCUGCUCAUAUCAUGGUGAAGGACGGCAUGCUGAGGAUCGAGAAGGUGACGGAGGCCGAUGCCGGGCAGUACCGCUGCACGGCCACCAACGACGUAGGCUCGGUCCAGUCGCAGGUGGUGCUUAACGUCCAGUCCCUUCCUCAAAUUGCUGCGCUGCCUGAAACCAAGGAGGUCACAGUGGGGUCUGAUGCGGUCUUGCCCUGUGUGGCUUCAGGAUACCCUUUACCUGCGAUCAAAUGGUCCAAGUUGGAAGAAGAGCUUCCUCCUAAGUGUUUCCAGGAGCUCAACGCACUGACGGUUCCUCGCGUCACUCAUGAGGAUUCUGGUAUAUACGUCUGCACCGCCUCCAACAAACAGGGAAAAGUGGAAGCCUUCACUACACUUCAAGUUCACGAGAGAGUGAUGCCAUACUUUGCCCAGGAACCCUUGUCGUUCCUCACCCUGCCCACCAUCAAAAAUGCCUACAAGGCUUUCAGCAUUAAGAUCAACUUUAGACCUGACAAUGUUGAUGGUCUCAUAUUGUACGCUGGUAUGAUCCUCUACAAUGGCCAGAGGAGGACCACGGGAGCAGACUUUAUCUCUCUGGGACUUGUGGGCGGCCGUCUAGAGUUCAGGUUUGACGUGGGCUCAGGCAUGGCCACCAUACGCGACCCCAACCCUGUCAAACUGGGAGAAUUUCACACAGUUGAGCUGUAUCGCAACCACACUUUGGGCUAUAUCAUAGUAGACGGAGGGGAGCCCAUCAACGGCAGCUCACAGGGCAAGUUCCAGGGCCUGGAUCUAAAUGAGGAGUUGCAUGUGGGUGGUUAUCCCAACUACACAGUCCUCGCCAAAACAGCUGGGAUUAAGACUGGUUUUGUUGGCUGUAUCCGUCAGCUGGUCAUCCAGGGUGAGGAGGUCAUUUUCAAAGACCUCGACCGCAGCUCUACGGGGGUCACAAACUGCCCCACGUGCAAAGACCACCCAUGCCAGAAUGGAGGGAGGUGUGAGGACUCAGAAGCCAGCUUGUAUAAGUGCGGCUGCCCCAGAGGAUUCACAGGCAGCAACUGCCAGCACCACUCAUCCCUGCAUUGUCACUCAGAGGCCUGUGGACCAGACGCCACUUGCAUCAACCGCCAAAAUGUCCUGGGCUAUGACUGCCGCUGCCAUCUUGGCAAGUCUGGAAACAAAUGCAUGGAUGGGGAAUUGGUGACCAUUCCACUGUUUGAUGGCGAGGAGUCAUACAUAGCCUAUCCUCCCCUGACCAACGUUCAUGAUGACCUGCGUGUUGAGCUGGAGUUCAAGCCCCUGGAAAGAGAUGGCCUCAUGUUCUUCUGUGGAGGGAAGAAAAUACAGGUGGAGGACUUUGUAGCCAUCUCCAUGGUGGAGGGACAUGUAGAGUUCAGAUAUGAACUAGGCACAGGUCAAGCAAUCCUUCUAAGUCCAGAGCCUGUCACUCUGGGCCAGUGGCACAGAGUUGUGGCCGAGCAAAACAAGAAGGCCGGCCACCUGAAGGUUGAUCAAGGCCCAGUGGAGAAGAAAACGUCUCCCGGAAAAUCCCAGGGCCUUAAUAUCCACACCCCCAUGUACCUGGGAGGAGUCCCCAACAUGGACAUCCUGCCUAAGCCGGCCAAUGUCAGCGAACUGUUUGAGGGAUGUAUAGGAGAGGUUUCCAUCAACAACAAAAAGGUGGAUCUGUCCUACAGCUUCACAGAAAGCAGAUCUAUCCGCCAGUGUGUGGACAACAGCCCCUGUGACCACCGGCCCUGCCUGAAUGGUGGUCACUGCAUGUCGAGUGUUGAAUAUGAGUACCAGUGCCUCUGUGAGGACGGAUUCGAAGGUGAGCGUUGUGAGGUGGUGAAAGACGCGUGCCAGAGCAACCUUCAAUGCCAAAAUGGCGGCAGCUGUGUCAAUGGCCAGUGUGUGUGUGCACCCGGCCACACAGGUCUAAACUGUGGAGAAAGCCAGGUCUCCAGCUUCCCCGAGGCCCUGAGGAAUUUGGAAAGUAGCGAGGCAAAUGAUUCACCCUAUCAGUAUGCAGCUCAUUUCAGCGAUGAUGGAUACAUUGCCCUUCCUAAAUCUGUUUUCCCAAGAAGCGCCCAUCACUCGCCAGAGACAAUCGAACUGGAGAUCAACACUGGCUCAUCUGAGGGCCUGAUCUUGUGGCAGGGAGUGGAGACCAAUGGCGCACGCAAUUUGCGAAAGGUGCAUGCUAGUAAAAAGGAACUUGGAGAACAUGGCAAAGGCAAGGACUUCAUUAGCCUCAGUCUACAGAAUGGACAUCUUGUUUUCAGUUACCAAUUGGGCAGCGGCGAGGCAAAGAUUUUGUCACGGAGGACCGUCAAUGAUGGUAGAUGGCAUACGGUCACAGCAGUCAGAACUGGAAAAGAUGGCUACAUCCAGAUUGAUGGAGGAACCGCGCUACAUGGACAGUCUAAAGGCAGAAGCCUCAUGGUCAACACCAAAGGCAGUAUAUACCUUGGCGGCGCCCCAGACAUGGCUGCCAUGACAGGAGGGAAGUUUUUGUCUGGAAUGACGGGCUGCGUGAGGAACCUGGCACUGAUGAACGCCUGGCCGGGACAGCAGCCAGCCCAGGCCAUCGAUCUGCAAACCCACGGAGCCCACGGCAUCAACGUGCUGCCGUGCUCUUCAUAGAUUGCAGCACACACGAAAACACACACACACACACACACACACACACACCAACCGACACGUACACACACAGAGACUAUGGAGUGAUGUCAGACACACACAGCAGACUCACACAGAGAGACUUGGUGCUUUGCUGCUACCAAAAAAUACCAAGAUGACACGACAAGAUAUGUUUCUCUGUGUGCAGUAAAACCAAAAAAGAGAGAAAAAAUGAAACAAUAUUAACAAGUCUUAUGUUGUAUUCUCAAUGAAGGACUAUUAACACCGGAGAACCAGUACAGUUUACAUACUUCCAGCAGUAGUUUUAGCCAUGAAAAGAGUAAGAGUAAAACAUAUUAGGCCUUCUACGAUGGGUCAGAUCCUAUGGCGUUGGAGAUGUUUUUACAGCACUGAAUUUUUAUUUAUAUACAUAUGAAUAUAUAUAUAAACAUAUAUAUAUAAACAUAUAUAUAUAUAUUAUAUUUGUGGGGGGAAAACAUGCAAACUAAUCAUAACUGCUCUUUAACUUUCCUAGAGGUUAUUCUGGGUUCUAAUACUGUGUGUCCAGGGCUUUUUAUAGGCCUAACUGUAUUAAUACUUGAAGAUGUUUAGGCCUUCUUUCUUCACUUCUGUAGAGGAACUUUUUUUUUUUUUGCGCACGCAAGCAUGCAGUUACAGUCUUUUACAAAUUAUUGAGAGAUCAGCGCACAUGGUCACAUGCAGCUUCAGUACACAACUCAGGUCGUCCAAUACAAAUUACUAAUCACGAAUGUUACUUGCUGAUGCUUUAACUCAGAAUUGUUUUGCUUUGCUUAGUCAUUCACAGCGCUGUUGUAUCUUCUGUGUCUGUAUUUGUUCUUUUUUUUACGACAAAGAAAGAAACCGUGGUGCUAAUAUCAGACAUUAAAAUACAGCACAUAGUCAAAUGGUUGCCGGUCUGUUACAUGUAUGUAGAGCACUGUUACUUGGAUUAAGAAAUGCUAAACCUAACAGUAUACACCAGAGUCACGUUUGUUGAUAUGCAUGGCAUUCAAGGUAGAUUUUAUAAGAAUAUGGCAUGAUUUGUUGCCUCCACAGCCAUAUUUGAUUGAGUAGAUCUCAUAAACGCAGUUUAAAGAGCUGAAAAGAGUGUAGUUUUGUAUGUGUGAUUGUUGAAGAUGUUGUUUUAUGUGUAAAACUAUCUGCCAGACAGAUAUACUAGAGAAUGAGUGAAAGCUAGUACUUUUGCUGGUUAUGUAUGCCUCAGCCCCUUCCAUUUCUCACAGGUCACUCUACUUUAAGCCACAAUAGGGAGGCCUGUGCGAGAGCCAUUAUCCAUAUCCUCAGAAGGGUCAACCCAGAAAGGCAUCAAUAUGUUUCUUAAUUUUCAGGUUUGGUAGCUUUAGCAACAAUGCAAUAAGCUACACAACUCCGAAGGCUCUGUGGUUUUCUCUGUAGCAAACAGCAGAAGGACACAGUUGGGAUAGUGUUUGAUGGUGUGUGUGUGGGAAUGCAGUGGAAGCCUCCUGCAGGUGCUGUGAUCAGUAGUGUAGUUCGGAUAAAGCAUGCUCGCCUGUCUUUAGUUUCAACCACACCACAACAGCACGAUCGUUUCGAGGUUUCAGAAACCUUUUUCUCAUUUUUGUAAGCUUAAGAUAGUUGUAUUAAUAUCCUUUAUACAAUUAAAAUGAGCACUAUUCUUUCUCUUAGAGUUGUCAUUUGUAUUUAUUUAUUUUACUCUUCUUCAUUGCUUUUGUUUCAAGGCUUGAUUCAGCUGUUUUUAGAGCAAUCACAUCUUGCUAUUUUCUUUCCUCUGGUUAUUGUGUAUUGCCUCCCACAUCCCCUUGUUUUCCCCCUCAUGUUUGAGUUUGAAUACGGCCCCCCGGAGGUUCUUCACAAAUCCUCAAUGAAGUUCCAUGAAAGGUUAAUAUAUAAAACCUUGAAAGGCCUGGUCAAAAUGUUGGAAACAGGUCUUAUUAUUCACUCGAUGAAAACAAGUCUUAGGCUUCCAAUGCAACAAAUGUAUUAUUUAUCUACGCAGAAAGUUGUCAACAUGUUUGUUCAGAUAUGAACGGUUGUGGUCCAGGUUUAGGACACUGAAGCAGAGAAUCAUGGUGUGUUGGGUGCCACUUGUUGGGUGCCUUUUGUGCAUCUGCUCUCAAACUAUAUAUAUAUAUGUGUAUAUAUAUAUAUAUAUAUCCACACUGUACACUCUUGCCCAAUGCUAAGUUUUUGGUUGGACAUGUUUAUUUUAAAUAUUGUUUCGCUUCUGAAUGCCACGAAAAGAGGAUAACUUGAAUGAAAGUGUACCAGAUUAAAUCUUGUCAAUGUCAGGACGACCUGACUGCUCCAUUUCCAAUGUUUAAAAGACUCUCCCCUUGCCUUUGGUGUUUCUUAAUUAAAAACAAAAUUCAUGUGCUAUUUUU